AUGGCUAAACUUGUUCGUAAAUAUCAUAUGAUUCCAUAUGACGAAGGUGGUUCCAUCGAGUCUGGUAAACGGUUUUUGGAGAAAAUCCUCAAUGAUCCAUCCCUCGAUGUCGUUGCAAAAUGUCGCUUCUACCAAGAUUUACUUUAUAAAAUUCGUCAGCACAUGAACCUCCCUAUCGUCAACGAGGAUAUGUUUAAUAUUAUAAGGGAGAACUUUGCUCUUCACAUGCCCACUACUAAUCGUUCAUCACCAAUCCCCUCUCCAGCACCCCUGUCACCAAUCCCCUCUCCAGCACCCCUAUCUCCAGCACAACUUCAGCCAGCUAUGAAUGUAUUGCCACCACCGCCACCAGUUAUGAUUGCUCCACCGCAGCUUCUCCCAACACCAUCUAUCCCAACUCCUCCAGAACCGAUGGAAGUUCAGCAAAUCGAAGACAAGAAGGGAGCACCUGUAAAAAAGACAAAGAGUGAAAAGAAAAAGGAGAAGAAGAAGGAGAAGAAGAAUAAGGAAAAGAAGAAUAAGACCCCUAAACUGGAACCUAAACUAGAACCAAAGGUAGAACCCAAACUCGAACCAAUGGAAGUUGAAGACAUGAAACCCCCAAAGACCAAAGGAGCCCCCGUGAAAAGAAUAGUAAAAGGGGAAAGCACGAAGGAAACAAAGAAGAGAGAAAUGAAAGAAGACAAAUGGGCUGUAAAAAAGGAAAGGGCGAGCAAGGACGUUAAAAGAGAGGUCAAAGAGGAGAUCAAAAAAGAGAUCAAAACAGAACCCAUCAAACAUGAAAUUAAAAAUGAAGUCAAAGAUGGAAUCAAAAAGAAGGUUAAAAAAGAGCUCAUUAAACCAGAAAAUAUUAAGAAGGAAGUUUUUGAACAAAAACCAGUAAAGAAAGAGCUGAUCAAACUUGAGAAUAUAAAGAAAGAGGUUUUUGAUGACGGUGUAGCAAUCAAAAAUAUCAAAAAAGAAGCGGUCGAGCGUCAAAAUCUGAAGCGUAAAAAACCUGUUAUUGAGAACCUCCCUUCUCAAAAUAGACCAAAGCACCACACAUCUGGAGCCUACAGAAUUGCUACUAAAAGGAGUGGAGAACCUUCAAUAUUCGAUGAUGUGACUAGGAAAAAUAUCAAUUAUGGAGUUGUGAAAAAGCCCCAGUCAACAGAAAAAUCCAGAAGAAAAACUGGAGGUAGUGGUAUAGCUUCUCCGGGUUCUCGAAUUUAUUGUAGACUUUGGAAAUUUUAG